UAUGUUAACAAAUGUCAUUACCUUACAAAAAGAAAGUAAGACGAUAGGAAAUGUCUCAUCAUAUGAAACUUAAUGGAGAGCUUGACAGUUCUAUACAUCUAUUUUGUCGCCGUCUUAAAUAUUUUGCGGCUAACUGCAUCUCAAUGUCCGGAUGCUAACCCUAAAUUGAGGCUUUGGUCAGAUAGCGAAACAUGGACAACAAAUGGACUUCCGGCACCUUUUCAAAAUGGCACAGUGACAAUAAAAAGUGGAAUGAAUGUCAAACUAGAUGUUGACGUUGAUGUGACUAGCAUUGCCAUAGAAACCAAUAGCCGGCUGGUGUGGGACUCUUCACGGGAUAGUGUCGUACGAACAUACUUCAUUUACAUACGAGGAAUCAUGGAAAUUGGAUCAGAGAACUGCAAAUUUAAGAAGAAAGCUCAAAUAAUUCUGAAAGGUAUUCGUGGGGAAAAUCCCGGUAUUCCACAGUGUGGCGAGAAGUUUAUUUGUGUGGACCAAGGAGGGACUCUCGAAUUGCAUGGUAGAGACAAAUUAUCCUGGACAAAAUUGACCAAAACUGUCACUAAACUAAGCGUAGGUGAUGGACUAUAUUUCAAACAUCAGGAAUCCGAGAAUAUGAAACAUGACUGGAGAGAGGGACUUAGAGUUUAUGAGAUGGAUCCUUCAUCACAACAAGUAUAUAAAGAAGAUGUGUUUUAUCUAUCUGGAGAAAUGAGCUGGUGGACCGACAAAGGAUUUAAAGAAAUAGGGCCUUUUAUAAACAGUAUUCAAGAUGGCCACGUGGUCUGUGUUGCCUUGCUGAGAAAAUUAGUUGGAUCCAAUGAUCUUUCUAGGGUAUAUACCUUGCUGGAAUCAAUAGGAGCAAAGAGAAUUCGAGAUGUCGUUUCCGAUGAUGCGUACGCAUUAAUUGCUAUUAAAGGUAAACCCGAUUCAGCGAUAGAGAGAUUGGACAAUUCAGCAAAAGAGGUACGAAUAGCUACCGUUUCCAUGGAUUUUAAAGAUGCUAAUCAACAAAUUCAGGUCAUCAGUAGAGUAAAGCCUGGUUCUCCUGGGGAAACAGAUGUAGACUUUAUAAUAUAUGAAUAUGACAGGAUUUAUCCAAUCAUUGACUUGGUUGACAACGUACACAGCUGGGAACCAGGAGACAAGGUGCUGUUAACUUCUACAGAUUUUGAUAUGGACCAGGCUGAAGAAGGAAUUGUCCAGUUUUGUCAGAACUGUAACCAGAAACAGAUAGGAAUUAGCCUUGCUCCUCGAUACACCCAUUGGUCAAAACUGGAAAACAACAUUGACAUGCGCGGAGAGGUAGCUUUGCUGACCCGUAAUAUCAAGGUCAAAGGAGAAAUGGAGAACAAUUGUCCUACAGCCAAUAAAAACUGUAAAGAUUAUCCUUAUGACACGUUUGGCGGUCAAAUCCAGAUUUUAAGAAAUUUUAAGAACGUACACAUAGAAGGCGUGGAGCUAGAAAACGUAGGGCAAGCCACUGAAAUAGGAAACUAUCCUCUACAUUUCCACAUGUGUCACGACACUGAUGACGGAAAUUAUCCUAAUCCACCAUACCUAAAGAAAAACUCUAUCUACAGAGCGUUUGCAAGAUGUAUGACAAUCCACGGUUCACAUGGCAUAACGGUUGAAGAUAACGUAUGUUAUGAUACACUGGGUCAUUCCAUUUUCUUGGAGGACGGAGGAGAAAAGAGGACAGUAAUUGAUGGCAACUUGGUAGCGUGCACACGUAAAGGAAAACUCAUUGCCUCAGACAGCACACCAGCCUCGUUCUGGAUAACAAAUCCUCUUACUGUUAUACGCAACAAUGUAGCCGCUGGUUCAGUGGAAGAUGGCUUCUGGAUAAUAUUCCCGGAUGAACCUACAGGGGAUUCUGAAAGUUUAGGAUUUAUGAAGAAAUAUGAAGCCAAACACACAAAGAUAACAGAAAUAUCCAACAACGUAGCACAUUCAAAUUUAGUGACAGGAUUUUUUAUGGAUGGUAGUAUUGAACAUAAUGAUCUUAAGGUGUAUGGCGUCAAUGGAUAUUAUCCUAGAACAAUUCCCACUGAUCCAAAGAACAAAUACGCAGAAGAUGAUCCAGUAUACAUAAACAAAAUGACAUGUUGGAAAAAUAGAAUACAGAACAGUUGGAUUAGGGGAGGAUUUAUUGUUUUGAAACAUUACUCGUCAGCAGAUAGCUGUCGAGGACUGAUAUUUGCAAGAUCAUCAAAACAAGAACAAUUUAUAGAAUCUAGUGUAAUGGUUGGUGAAACUGAUAAUAUUGGAGAACCAACGAAAACCUGGAACAAUACAUUAAAUCGACCGUUGGCAUACCCUCGGUCUCUUGCUGUACCAUGGGAUGCCCAAUUCCCAAUCAUUGGUCUGAUAUUCUAUGACGGACCUGUGUACGCUGAUAAGAUAUGGUUCAAUGAUUUUAAAUCAACAAAGAAUUACACUUCUGCAGCCAUCGGAUUUCGUCGGAAAAAUCAAUUUUCCAGUUCUCCUGCUAGUGCUAUGACAGACAUUCUGUUUGGUUUUAGUGAUCCAUUAGAAGGAAACCGUGUUUAUGACGGGAACACAACAGUUCAUGGAUUUGGUAAUCUGGAUGGGGAUAAAGGAGCUACAUUCCGGGAUGAGGAUGGAUCAGUGACGUCAUACACAUCUAGAAAACAGGUUGUCAAGCCUGGACGAUUCUAUACGACUUCCGAAUGUACAUACAGAAGAAAUUGGAACAUGGCAGUUUGUCCACAUAAAUAUGGAAAGUUAGAUGUAGAUAUAGACCGCAAUUCUCCUGACCGAGGACAAACCGAGGCUAUUAUGGUUCGAGACGAUGAACCAGAUUUUCCUGAAACUUUAUACGAUAAUUAUACAGCAGAUUUCAUGACAAUUCUUGGUGGCAGCCAUAGUUACACACUUCACUGGACUAAACAGAUUCCUAGAUUCUUCAUUAUAAGAGGCUAUGGUAUUGAGAAACAUAACCAUGUUCGAUUGGGUAUUUGUUUGCCAACUGAUGCAACGUUCAAGCUAUACACAUGGUCGCCAUUGUGGAGACCAGAAACAAAAUUAUGGAUGCAGGUGUCAUCACUUAAAGAAUUAGACAACGACACACUUGGUGAUAGAUACUUCUGGGAUAAGUCGAUAGGGAUGUUAUUUGUAAAAUUCAUCAGCUAUAGAACACGAAGCCGUAGUUGUACAACUGAUUGUGAAGGAGAAUGUCCGGUUCUACAAGUGACUGUCCUUUCAGGGGAUAGAACAAAUGGUAAUUGUCAACACAGAACUUACGUCGACCCGGGUACUUACAGAAAAUCAAGCGGUGGUAAAAUGAAAACUGAUGAACGGGAAAUGACAGCAACAUCAAAAGCUCCUCCUGUGGACUGGGGAGCUGGCUCACAACUUCCGUUUUCGUCAAGACAAAUAACAGACGGCGGGUUCUCUGAUUGGUCGGAUUAUAUGGAAUGUUCUGUCACGUGUGCAGGAGGCACUAAAUCCAUGUACAGGUACUGUAAUAACCCGUCCCCGACGAACGGAGGUGCUGACUGUACUGGACCCCCUGUUGUGACUAUUACUUGUAAUGAUAAACCGUGUCCUAUUGAUGGCGGAUUUGCAGACUGGACUUCAUGGAGCACAUGCCUUGUAACUUCCGGUUGUCAAGGUUACAGAGAAAGACAAAGAUCAUGUGACAAGCCGUUUCCACAAUAUGGCGGAAAAUAUUGCUCAGGUUCAAUUAAAGAGGAAGAAGCCUGUAGUAUGUGUUUUUAAAGAUUCGCUACUUUUUCCAAAAACUGAAUGACUCUCGCAAAGCAAGUUCAGCAAACACAAUCCUUUGUUGUAAUAUGAAUCUAAGAAGAAAAAUUAAUUUCUUUAUUUCUAAAUGAAAUAAGUGUACACAUGUAAAGGAUAGGGCAUCUUAAUGAAUUUUUACAUUCAGCGAUAUUUAUAGUAUAUGGAUAUUUGAAAUACCAGUGAAUUUGUACAAGGAUAUUAUUUUUUUUAAUAAAGUUUUAAAUGUAAAUCUAGAUAUAUUUCUCAACGAUAAUUUGAACAAUUUUGACUGCAAUUGUAACUAAUAUAAGUACCCU